AGAUUAUUAAUUGUUGUUUAUUAUUAUAAUGUAAAUAAUUAGAGAUUAUGUUAGCGAUUAUGUUUACAGAAUGAGAUUGAAAUGUGCUUUUAAACAAAGACUAGUUCGACAGAAAAACUGCCAAUUUAAUAUUUUAAAGGCCAGAAAAAAUGCUUGGUCCUUUCAAUAUCAAGCUGGAAGAAAGUCGAUCAACUGAGUUGUUAUUAUUUUUACCAGAAAAACAAACCGUGAAUUACAUGUGUAUAUUUACUUUGAAUAAUGCUAUAUAUCACCAACAGUUUAGUCAGAUUCCAAAAAAGGGGACACCAAAGAAAACUGUGAUGAGACAAAACUUGCACUUUGGCAAAAGGUUUGGCAAAACAAAUAGAAUAUUAUACCAUUGUGUGAGAUAUUUUUCAGUUUCAGACCAGAAUAUGUCUAAAAAUGAAAAUGAAAAACGUAAAAUUUUCCUGUGGGUAGUUGACACGCCUAUCUCAGGUAUGUCUCCGUCAUCAAAUAUGUUCUCAUAUCAAUGUCUUUGUGUACCGACAUUUUAGAACGAAUCAAUAUAAUCAUUUCAAAAAACUGUGCAUAAAAGAAUGUGAUAAGUACAAGUCAAAUAAGAUAAAAAACGCAAAAUAAAUUUCACCCUACUAAAUCAACUUAAUAUUUAUAUUAGUGAACCCUGUAAAUUGUAAAAUACAUAUGGAUUCAGGCUUUCUUAAUGUCUGUCUUUUUCAGGAAAUAUUUGAGGUUCUUUUUAGGUUUUAAUGUAAAAACUGGUUUGAGAGAUAUGAAUAAAAAGGUGG